ACUAGCUCCGGAUCAAACCCGGAACCGACAUAUAUAUUUGACAUAUAUCCGUUUGGUUUGCUUAUGUUGCUGUAGCCAAUGAAUAGACCAAGCAUUCUACGGAGAAGACUGACAAUGCACAUUCUCCAUAUUUGGCAGUAAGAAUAACCCACACUAGCUGCCAAAUAAUCAGUACUGUGUGACAUUGCGGUUUUUCUUCGUAAAAUUACAUGAGAUGAAACUAGUACGCGUUAUUUUAUAUUUUUAAAGUGGUCUGAAAGUUACCCACGCGAAGCAGCUUCCGACUGUAAGUACUCCAGCAUUCGCCACAGAGGGGGACAAUCUCACCCUUUCUUGCCUGGACCAUGAGCAAUGAGUCAACCUUGGUGAAAAACCUAACUGACAACGCCGCUGACCUCCCGCAUGGCUCUGGCAAGCAGGAUGGCUACGUCCUCCUGCUGGUGCUGCUCUGCGUCUUUGUGGGGGGGACGCUGGUGUUGCUGUCUGUCCUACUGAUCCUGUGCCGUCGCUGCUGUGAGGGGGAGCGUCGUUAUUCGAGGGCCAGUGAUGAUCCUGAGAAGACCAACACCACCUAUGUGGAGGAAUACCAGCCGGUUCCAGAGAUCACCAUCCGGGUGGACGAGGAGGACUGCCUGUCCUCCUCCAGCGGGCAGGACGUGAAGACGGAGAGCUUUCUGUCCACAGGAUCAACGGGCCGUCGCGUCUCAUUCAACGAGUCAGCUCUCUUCAACCAUGGCAGGAGAGCGCAGGAGAAAGGCCGCAGGUACACACUCACCGAGGGAGACUUUCAUCACCUGAAGAAUGCCCGCCUCACUAAUCUCCACCUGCCCCCGCCUGCGCUGAAGAUCCUCACCAUCCCCGAGUCCCCCGAACAGCUUUCCUCCAAACCCAAACUCUCCAUCUUCCAGCCCCCGGUGCGUGUGCCGCCCCAGACCGCCAUUGCGAAGGUGGGCCUCGGCACGUGUUCCGGCCUCCCGGGGGAUGCCUUAAACUCCACUGCGGAUGCUGACUUUGACGAGAGCUUCCCCAUUCCCGACCUCCGACUGCCCCAUUCCCGCUCAAUUGACAACAUGGAAGCACAGGGGUGGAAUGGGAGCAGUCCGGGGAUUGGCGUCACUGCUGAUGGAACAACAGGCACCAUGGCAACUGCAGUAUCUAGCCAAGGCACCGUGCUGCAGAUCUUCACCAAGCUGCGGCGCCAUGCCAGCCUGGAGGGCAUCAGUCCCUACUUCAGGAUCAAGAAGUGGAAGUUUGACAGCAUCCAGCGAGCCUCCAGCCUGGACAUGCGAGGAUCCCCCAAGAGACACCAAUUCCAGCGCCAGCGAGCAGCUAGCGAGAGCACAGACCAGGACGAACACAGUUUACCCCACCUGGAUUUCAUCCAGAACAUCGCCCGCAUCCAGGACCGGGCCCCGCCCUCCACGCUAUCACCUUCCCUCGGCAGGUUAGAGGCGGAGGAGGUGGCCGCGGCCAGUAGCAACGGGGAGGCAGGACUGAAAGCGGGGUCAUCGGAGUCCCAGGAAGAGGAGGAGCUGCUUUCCGGGGUGGGGCCAUCACAUGGCUGCCAGGAGAGCACCGAGCACCUGGCACUGUACCGCGACAUCUGGACCCUGCGCGCCUCCCUGGAGCAGUACGCCUCCUCUGAGCAAAGCAGCAACAAUGACAGGGAUUCGGUCCGCAGCGACGCCGGCAGCGUGAGUUCGCUGGGGGGAGGAGCCGCUGGAGGGGCUCUGCCCAGCUAUCCCUCGCAGGACACCGGGGAUGAGCUGGAGGUGGAGCUGCCCAUGGAUGUGGGUAGGAGGGACAGGGGCCGGGUCAAGCAGGACAGCGUAGACUCGGAGCGAGGCAGCGAUAGCGAGGCGGCGAAUCGCAAGCUGCUGCAAAUGGACAGUGGCUACGCCUCCAUCGAGGCCCCCUCGCGCGCCCCGGAGGACACGCGGCUGUUUACGCCCCCUGGUGGCGGCAAGGGCAAAACGGCGUCAGAGAAGCGGCACUUCUUCACCAGCUCGGGUCGCAAAGUCAGUGUGUGCGAGAGCGUGGAGCUGCGUCUCUCUGAGGAGGAGCUGGAGGACGAGGCCGUAGCCAGGGCCACCCCAGGGGGGUGCAGCCCGGCCCACUGGUCCCCCUACGGGGAGCUGUUCGGCCCUCAGGACUCAAGCCCGCUGCCUCGCUUCCGUCGGCGGGAUUAUAGCAUCGAUGAGAAGACGGACGCACUCUUCAACGAGUUCCUGCGGCACGACCCCCAGUUUGACCAGCAGGAGUCGCCGGUGAGACAGAAGCACCGCUCCCGCGUGCACCUGCGCAAGCAGUGGCAGCGGACUAAGCAGUACAGCGACCCCGGCAUGCGGCUCCCCACACUGGGCAUGGAGAGGCAGCGCGGCGGGCUGCGCCGGGGUGAUAGCGCCACCUACCCACUGGACGUGCGUUACCACAGCACGCUCUCGCGGAUUGUGAGCACGGCCGACGAGGAAGGCGGUGAGGGAACCAGCGAGACACCCAGCGUGGAGACCCAAGAGGAAAGGUCAAAGGUCAGCCCUGAUGCUGGUGGAGGAGGAGCCUCCCCUCCUCCAGCAUCAGAGCAGGGCGAGCCCCCCAGGCCCGGCAGCCCCGGCGCUGGCUAUGGCCCGCAGAUGAUUGUGGCCGAGUUGACAGAUAAGCUGGCCCUGGGGCUAGAUGAUCGGCUGUAUAAGGCCCUCCAGGUGCCCAAAGGUAGCUCUGAGUGCAUAGCUACUGCCGUCUCUGUGUCCCCUGACCACAGCCCAGUGUAGCUCCCAGCAAUGCCUUCCAGACCUUUCUUAGUAUUACUAUAUGUAACACUUUUAUCCAGAGCAACUUACAAUAGAGGGAAGGGUUCAAAUUUAUGUUUGCUCAAUGGGAUUUGAACCCACAACCUUCCCCAUAGAUCAGCUACAAUCUGUACGGGGGGAAAAGUAUAAAAAGCCAAUAGGUCUGUAUAUAUAUACAUUUAGUCCCUCCCCUGUCUGUGAUUCAGCAGCUGAAUCCUCCAACACAGAGGACCACACCUGGUCCUCAGAGCUGGAUCUCGUUUCGGUCAAGCUGCAGUACAGCUACCGCCCUGAGAUGGGGUGUUAUGCUGGAAGGGCCUCUCCACUGCACUGAUGACGCCACUGUGAAUCCUGGUUCUUCUUGUCCUUAGUCUUACACCCGUGGCCCUGUGUCACAAAGGUCAUUGGUCCGUAUUGCUGCUGCGUGUUGACGUUUAGGUUCGUAGACAAUGACAAAAUCCUAUAAAAAUAGGGUAAUGUUUUAAUUUGCCGUUCGUUUGUGUUACUUUCCCUGUAUGGCAAAUACUUUCUGAUUCCCCCCCCCCCCCCGAUUGCUCUUUCAGUCGGGACAGCGAAAUGACAUCAAGCCUAAGGAGUUCCUACUUAAGCAUCCAUAAAGGGAUAUAUGUGAUUUAAUUUGAUCUAGAAUUUAUGAACUCCACACGUACGCACCGGUGUCUGAUGAGUGAUGCGUUGUGCUUUACACGUGUAUAUGACGUUUGAUACAUCCAAGAACCCCUCUAGUUCACAAUGAAGAAAUGAGAUAAGGGUUUAUAUAUGGUUACCUCUGGAGUCUUUUAGCAUGAAGCUGUCAUUCAUGUUUGCUUGAAGUUUGCCUUUCGUUUAGAGCAGAAUGUAGAGGACCGGUGUCAUUAUGAGUCUUCGCAAGUUACUCUGUAUGCAGGUGGGGUGCCGUACCUCCCAGCCAGCCCGAGAUAGACGGCCAUGAGUGAUACCUACGCGUGCGAUCAUUCCCCGGUGCAAAUGACCAAAUACGUAUCUAGGUAUGUCUGUUUAGAACCUGACGUAAAGGGAUUAUGAUAACCGACAGCAGCAUAGAUCAUAUAUGUACGUUUUAGGGUUAAGCAUAAAAGGCAUCUUUUUAUUGAGUCAAAUAUCACAAGAAAAUACCUCCUUGUUUUGUCUCUGCUGAUAUAUGUCGAGAUACAGAUAGUAUAUAAACAUCGGUCAUCGUAAAACAUGUAGCCUGUCCGACAUCCGAAACAUUACUGUGCAAGUCUGCAUGUGACAGAGUGAAGAGUUUUAGCACAACCUACCAAGACACCAUUAGAUACCAUUUUUUAUUUAGAUUUUUGUAUUGCAAUGAAACUAGACAGAUAGUCUUGGCACUGUAAGACUUUAACAAACCAUACGUGAAAGUUCAUGGUGGCUAAAGCCAUUUUUGUGCAUUAUAUUUUGACUGUGAAAAACAUUUUCUGAAUUCCUCCCAGAUUUGUCGAGGGACCAACUAACGUUAAUUUGUUAGAAACUUUGUAUUUGAUUUGUCAAUAAACAUAUUAAGCAUCA